AUGGUUAAUACUGAACAUCAUCAUCCUUUAGUAUCUUGGGAAUCAAUCUAUCAACAACAAAAUGAUUAUUAUAUGAAUAUGCCAACAAAUUCUUCUACAAGUAUGAAUAAUACAAAUCAAAGUUCGUCAACAAAUACACCACCAAUAAUAUUAUCAUCAUCAGCAUCAAUCUCAGACAAAAAUUCAUCUUCACCAUCAAGUGAAUUCAAUUCAAUAACAUUACCAAAUAAUAAAGAAGUUUAUCCAUGGAUGAGUGACAAGAAACAUGGAAGUAAAAAAUUAAAAUCGAAUUCAAAAAAUCAUAAUACAACUCUGAACUCGUCGACUUCAUCUACUUCUGAUAAAAGUAAUUCAACAGCAUCAAAACGAGCUCGAACAGCUUAUACAAGUGCUCAAUUAGUUGAACUUGAAAAAGAAUUUCUCUAUAGUAAAUAUUUAAAUCGUCCACGACGAAUUGAACUUGCUCAAACACUUUGUUUAACAGAACGACAAAUUAAGAUAUGGUUUCAAAAUCGUCGAAUGAAAGAUAAAAAAGAUGGUAAAAGUCGAACAGCAUAUACCAAUGGAUGUAAUAUGAAUUUAAAUAAUUCUCCAUUGGCAUCAUCAACUACUGAAAAAGAUGAUCUAACUUUUCGUUCAUAUCAUCAUCAUAGUUAUUAUACAACACCAUUACCACACCCACCACCAUCAUCAAUGCCUGUAACAUAUCAUUCUCAAAUUGAUUAUAAUCCUUCAUCAUCAACAAUCGAUGCAUAUGAUAUGUCAACGAAUUAUCCUAUGAAACAAUCAAAUUAUUAUCUAAAUGGACAUAAUCUUAAAGCAAAUUAUAAUUCAUCAUCAUAUGAUAAUUAUUAUUUUAAUUCAGAAAAUUCAACGAUACAUCAUCAACAAUCCGGUCCAGUGUUACCAUCAUUUAAUUAG